AUGUUGCAGGGUUUCGCGGCCGUGUUCGAUCGACUCGAUUUUGAUCAAUGUGUUCUUCCCCCUAACACUGGUGCAUUUCAAACACAUCUACACCUACAUAUCUACCCCACACAUCUACACCAACACAUCUACACCUUCACAUCUACACCUACACAUCUAAACCUACACAUCUUCACCUGCACAUCUACACCUACACAUCUACACUUACACAUCUACACCUACACAUCUACACCUACACAUCCACACCUACACAUCUAUACCUACACAUCUACACCUACACAUCUACACCUACACAUCUACACCUACACAUCUACACCUACACAUCUACACCUACACAUCUACACAUACACAUCUACACCUACACAUCUACACCUACACAUCUACACCUACACAUCUACACCUACACUUCUACACCUACACUUCUACACCUACACUUCUACACCCACACUUCUAUACCUACACUUCUACACCUACACUCCUGCACAUACCCUUUUACACCUACACUUCUACACCUACACGUCCACACCUACACUCCUACACCUACACUUCUACACAUACACUUCUACACCUACACUUCUACACCUACACUUCUACACCUACACUUCUAAACCUGCACAUCUACUCUUCUACACCUACACUUUUACACCUACACUUCUACACCUAAACUUCUACACCUACACAUCUAAACCUGCACAUCUACUUUUCUACACCUACACAUCUACACGCACUGGCUUCAUUCUUCAGGAAAGACAUGCCUUGAUUGAUUUUAUCUCCCCUCAGUGGAGACUCCUAGAUUUUAUUCGAUCGCUCCAGUGUGGAUAG